AUGCGAGGCCAUACCCGCUCCUAUUCCAGUUUCAACAAACUCACCACUCAGACCACCCAGAACUCUGAGUUCACCAAUCCUGAUGCCGCCAGUCUUCGUACCAUCGACCACAUUGCUACUGCUAAGCCAGCAGUCACCAAUGCGGAUAAACUUUGGACUCAGAUCGACGUGUUGGACGAUGUGAAACAAAUGUCAGAUGACGUUCGCCAGCGAGGCCUGUUCUUCAAUGACUCUUUCUCUCAAGAGCUUGCUGAAGUCAAAUUGGCGCAAAACCGUCUUUUAGAGUCAAUGUGGAAGCAACAUCAUUCGAAUGUCAAGCUUAGCGAUCACCAAAAGGACUUAUUCCGGCGUGGGGCUCAAGAUGAGUCUCAACGGCAACAGAUGAUCGAUGAAUUCUUUGACGACCUGAAACAAACUACAGUGGAAACUAUUUACCGUCGCCAGAACUUUGAAGACAUGCACGGCUACAUUGCUGAGAUCAAUGAUGGCUUAACUACGGUGGGUACCCUGAUGAAAGCCUUCGACGAAAACGUGAGCAACACUUGGGAGUAA